GGCACCAUGGAUACCAUUUUAGUUAGCACCAACACAGCCGAGGCGGUUUUGUAAGUGAGUCUCGAUAGGUAUAAAGGGCAAACAUCGCGCCCAAAUUCAUACGAUAUUUUGGUCCUCAAUCACCACAAUUCCACUGCAAUGUCUCCUAAAGAUCUUUUUACCAAAUAUUUCCCAAGACGGAAGAAGCAAAGAGACACUGAAAAGUCAAAGCCAACACCUGACGAACCUAUACCAAGACGCGCCUAUACAGCUCCAGUACAUAUACAGAAAACACCUACAAACAAGGCAAGCUCUGCUGGGCCUCCACGGGGAAGAUACCAUGUCCCAGCUACCACUGAUGGUGGAAACUACCCCGUUGGAAACAUGUAUGGAGGAGUCUCGGAUGACACAGCUGGCAACAGUCACGGUCAUGGGCACAGGGAUAGAGGGAAUUGGGGAUGGGGAGGAGUAGAAGAUGGUUCAGGCAGUGGCGGUCAUGGCUAUGGAGGCCAUGGAGAUCAUGGAGGCAGCAGUAGUGGAGGAGGAUGUAGUGAUUCGGGCGGAGGAAGCGGAGGAGGAGAUAGUGGUGGAAGCAGCGGCGGUGGUGGUGAUGGUGGAGGAGGCGGAGGCGGUGGUGGAGGAGCUACCGCUUACAAGCCAUGGAACGGCACAAUCCCCGAGUCCGUUAACGAAGAAUGUCGCCAAGCUCUCUCAACAGACAUUGACUGCCCUUUCGUCCUCGGUCGAGAUUCGGUAGAAAGCGGACUUUAUUUGAAGGACCCAGCACUAGCAGCAUCAUACUGCUCAUCGUCAUGCCGCUCUUCUCUUCGGCAAUAUUUCUUGGAUUUUUCGAGAGCUUGCUACAAAGAAGACCUUUUGGAAGGGCUUCUAGGGCUAGACGCAACAGUAGAUUACGCCCUGUCCCUUUUCGGGACACAGGAGUAUCUUUGUGUUGCCGACGAGAACGGGCUUUGUCUUGAAGCCUUUUACAAAAAGGAACGGGACUUUUGCUCGGAAUGCGGACUCAAGCUGGCGGGUAUAAGCGCCAUGUUCGAGUUUAAGAAGCCAUUAAACAUUGGGCCAAAUAAGUACAUGUGUUUGCAAGAGAAUUGUGCAAAAGAUGAAAAUAGUUUCCUGUCCAAAGAUGAUGGAAAGGCUAAGUUGGACAGGUUCUUCAAGGAGUUAAUAUAAGAGCCCCUGGGUAGUAUAAAAC